AACGGACGGGGGGCCGCGGCGUGCGUACAGCUGGACGCCGAGACUGAGCUUGGCAAGUGGCAAGCCGGGUGUCGCUCAGAGCCCUUGGAGAGACAGGCCAGAGCUCCUUCACUCUUAUCCACAUGAGGACCCUUGGACCGGUGGGGGGAUCCUACGGAGCAGAGACCGAGAUACCGCCGAGGCCGGAGAGCGCCUGACAGUCACUUCCUUCCCGGUCCUGCGAGUCCAAAUACCUGGCUCCAGAGCCUAAAGACUUGAACACUCCAGGACCUGAUAGAGAGGGGCACUCCAGUCCAAAAAAAAAAAAAAAAUCAGAAUGAAGCUAGGUCGAAGGUCAACUUGUAGCUUCCUGCUACUGCUCCUCUCUGUUGCUCUGGGUCUCCUCUGUUUUCACAACUGGAAACACUCAAUACAAAGAACUUCCUCUGGGUUGUGGUUACCUCUUCCCUCUGAACCCAAAUACCCUAACCUUACUCCAGAACCUCGAUAUGCUCACAUUCCCUUUCAACUCAAGGAGCAGGUUGUUGGGUUGCUGGCACAAAACACCUGCAGCUGUGUGGCUAGCAAAGGAAAAGGACUUGGCUUCUCUCUCCCAUUCCAACGGCAGGUGCAUGCAUUUAACUUCACAUCAGCCUUUGGACCUGAGGAGCUGCUGGCAGCCACUAUUGCAAGAGAUCAGGAAUACCAAGCUUUCCAGGCCAGGGUCCAGUCCCCAGCUGACCAGAUACUCAUCGCUCCAGCUAAUUGCCCCCUGCAGUAUCCCCUGCAGGGUGUGGUAGUCCAGCCCCUAAAGACCAUCUUGGUGCCAGGUCUGAGUCUCCAAGCUUCUGAGCAAGAAGUGUACCAGGUAAACCUCUCUGCAUCUCUUGGCACCUGGGAUGUGGCAGGGGAAGUAGAAGGAGUGACACUGCGAGGGGAGGGCCAGCCAGAACUCACUCUCUCAAGCCCAGAGCUAGACCGACUCAACAGACAGCUUCAGCUGGUCACUUACAGUAGCCGGAGCUACGAGCUGGACUCAGCAGACACAGCUCGAUUCUCCACCGAUGGACAUGAAGCUGUCUUCACUAUCCGGAUCAAACAUCCACCCAAACCUCGACUGUACCCACCGGGGCCUCCCCCUGAAGGAGCCAAGUACAACAUCAGUGCUCUGGUCACCAUUGCCACCAAGACCUUCCUUCGCUAUGACCGACUCCGAAAGCUCAUCAACAGCAUCCGUCGUUUUUACCCAACCAUUACUGUGAUCAUCGCUGAUGACAGCGAGCAGCCCCAGCCAGUCAGUGGCCCUCAUAUUGAGCACUACCUCAUGCCCUUUGGCAAGGGAUGGUUUGCAGGCCGAAAUCUAGCUGUUUCCCAAGUAACCACAAAGUAUGUUCUGUGGGUGGAUGAUGACUUCAUCUUCACUGGACGGACCAAGAUAGAGAAGCUGGUGGAUGUGCUGGAGCGGACUUCUCUGGACUUGGUUGGGGGAGCAGUUCGGGAGAUCACAGGCUUCUCCACUACUUAUCGACAAUUGAUGAGCAUAGAGUCUGGGGGCCCUGGCUUGGGAAACUGCCUCAUCCAAAGGCGAGGCUUCCACCACGAGCUCCCUGGUUUCCCCAGUUGUGUGGUCACUGAUGGCGUUGUCAACUUCUUCUUGGCUCGGGUGGACAAGGUUCGAGAGAUUGGCUUCGAUCCUCGACUCAGUCGAGUGGCUCAUUUGGAAUUUUUCCUGGAUGGACUUGGCUCCCUUCGGGUAGGCUCGUGUUCUGAUGUCUUGGUGGAUCAUGCAUCGAAGGUGAAACUGCCAUGGGUACCUUGGGGAACUGAGGCAGAGAUUUACGCCAAAUAUCGAUAUCCUGGGGCCACAGAUGAGAGCCAGAUGGCCAAACACAAACUGCUCUUCUUCAAACAUCGUCUCCAGUGCAUGACCUCAGAUUGACUGGCUCAGUAAGCAUAGAAAUGGCUGAU